CGGGGCGGGGGGCGGCCCCGGGCUGGGAUGUGGCACCGCCGCGGGACCGCCGCCUGGGAGCUGGGAGCGCGGCGGGAGCCCCUGGGCUCCGAGCAGCCGGCUCCCCACGCCCGGGGGCAGGAGCCUCCCAGGUGCCAUUGAGCGGCCAUGGAGGAGUCCACACGGCUGGGUUACUGCAUCGUGGCCGGCAGCUUCGUGACCUUCCAGUUCUUCUUCUCGGCCGUCAGCCCCCAGCUCUCGCUGGCACUCAGCCGCCGCUACUGCGGCCUGACCGCUGUCAAAAAGUGCGAGUGGAACUCCAGGUGUGUCUCCACUCUGCACGCGCUCAUCGUCGGCCUCUUCUGCCUCUACAUCCUGCUCUUCGAUGGAGCCAUUAACGCCAACCCCAUCUGGGGGGACCCUUACCUGGUGAAACUCAACGUGGCCAUCACCUGCGGCUACCUGCUCUACGAUUUGCUGCUGCUCCUGCGGUACUGGAAGAUGCUGGGCGACUCCCUGUUCGUUUGCCACCACUUGGUGGCGCUGUACGCCUACGGAUAUGUGCUGAGCCGAGGGGUGCUGCCCUAUUUCGCCAACUUCCGCCUCCUCUCCGAGCUCUCCACCCCAUUCGUCAACCUGCGGUGGUUCUUUGACACCGUGGGGCAGCCCCGCUCCUCCUGGUUCGUCCUAGCCAACGGCCUGGCCAUGACCGUGGUCUUCUUCCUGGUGCGCAUCGCCGUCAUCCCCAGCUACUACGCCCGCAUGCUGGCCUGGCACGGCACGCCCGAGUACGCCCGCCUGGGGCUGGCCGUGCAGGUGGCCUGGAUCAUGCCCAGCCUGGCCCUGGAGGUCCUCAACCUGGUCUGGAUGUACAAGAUCAUCCGGGGCUUCUACCGGGCCUUCUGCCGGUCCCAGGAGCGCAAGGCGGCCUGCAGCCACGGGGACUAAGCGGGAGCUGGACUUCCCCAGGGGGCGCAGCCAGGGGGCCCCCAAGCUCCUGGCACAGAUGGAAGAUCCACUCUAGUUCCCAUCAAAGCCCACAGCAACAGAAAUACCCUGGCCUGGCGUGUGCCCCCAGGCACCUGGACUGGCCCCCACUGAGCAACAGGGGCAUCUGGACUGGCACAUGCCCUACAGGCAGCUAGGAAACUCAUGGAGAUCACAGACUGGCAUAUGCCCCAGGCACCCAGGAAAUCCAUGGGGCACCGGGACUGGCAUUGAGCACUUGGGACAUCUGGACCUGCGCAUGCCUGUCUUUGUGGGGGCCUGCGUGUCCAUGCACAAGGGGCACGGAGGCUCCAGCUGGCUGGGGGGCAGGGGGCAGAGCGGGGAGCCACAGUAGGGCCAUGCUGCAGCCUAGUGAACAGCUUCCCCAGGCCUCCGCACCCCCUCCAACUCCUACAAAAAGGGGAAGGAGGCCCACACUACUGGGCUGGAGAGUUGGGGGGGCGGGGCCCACGUGUGCUGAACCCCCGGGGGCCAACGGUUAUUUGUAGCUUUUGAGGACAACACACACACACACACACCCCCAGGAUCCUGCAGUCUGACCCAAGCUCCUCCCUGCCAGAUGCCUCCUGGCCCAUAGCAACCCCCUUCCAUAAGGCCCUGGCCCCCUACCCAAGGGGACGGGGCAGGGUUCUGGGGCUGAGCCUGCUCUGGCAGGGGGAGCUGGGUGCAGAGUUGGGAGCCACAUGGGUCCCAGCAGGGGUGUCUCUGGCACAGGUCAGCCCCCAGCUAAACAUGUUCAGAACCCCCCGGGCUGGGGCCCCCGAGAACUGGGCUGUAGUCCCUGCUCUGCUGCAGACUCCCAAGGCGAGUCGCGGUGCCUCUGUGCCUCAGUUUCCCUGUCUGUUAAAGGGGGACAACGCCCCUUCAGCUGUGCCUUCUCUCUUCAGACUGGGAGCUCUGUGGGGCAAGCCUGUCCUCCACUCUAUCCGUGCAGCGCCUGGCACGGCCGGGGGACCCCGAUCUCGGCCAGGCCCAGACAGCGCCCCUUGAUCUCGGCCUGGGCCUCUAGGCAUUUCCACGCUCCCAGUGACACUCUGAAGUAGCCUCCCUCACCAGGUCUCGCUCCGGUCGGCUCCGAGAUCGGGUUUUUUGGAUGGUUUCCAGUGAAGAAUCUCAAAUUCCUUCUCGAUUCCUUGUUUCAUACCUGACAUUUCUGCCCUAGCGAGGAAUUAACCCUCCCCCCAUACUAAUUUAUUAACCCCAACCCCCCCACCCCCCCGGGCCAGGGGACGAGCGCCCAGCUCACCCCCAAACCUGGCUGGGCUCCGACCUCUCCGGCCACGUUUGCCUCCAGUGUCUGUCUGUCAGGGGAGGGGUGGGACCCUCAGUGUGGGUGUCAGGGGACAGGCCACUGGGCUGGGACUCAGGACACCUGCGGUCCGUCCCCAGCUUUGCCACUGGCCAGCUGGGUGACUCUGCACAAGUCACUGCCCAUUCUGUGCCUCAGUUUCCCCUCUCGCUCUUUGUUUAGAUUGUGAGCUCGUUGGGGCAGGGACUUUACUUCGUUCUGGGUCUGGGCAGCCCCCAGCUCAACAGGAGCACCCCCACAUCUCAGCUGGGGUCUGGGCAGCCCCUGGCACAAUGGGAGCACCCCAAUAUCUCAGCUGGGGUCUGGGCAGCCCCUGGCACAAGAGGGGCCCCCCACAUCUCAGCUGGAAUCUGGGCAGCUUCUGGCACAAUGGGAGCACCCCAAUAUCUCAGCUGGGGUCUGGGCAGCCCCUGGCACAAUGGGAGCACCCCAAUAUCUCAGCUGGGGUCUGGGCAGCCCCUGGCACAAUGGGAGCACCCCAAUAUCUCAGCUGGAGUCUGGGCAGCCCCUGGCACAAGAGGGGCCCCCCACAUCUCAGCUGGGGUCUGGGCAGCCCCUGGCACAAUGGGGGGCCCCUGAUAUGUCAUCUGGGGUCUGGGUAGCCCCUGGCACAAUGGGGGCCCCAAUCCCGGUUAUGGUCUCUAAGGACAGUAGGACCGGUCAGUAAUACACCAAUUUGCACCAGCUGAGGACCUCGCCCUCCGACCCCUCCAGGCCUGGCUGUCAAUUGCCUCUUAGUAACAGCGGGCGCCCUCGGCUGCCGGGUUCAGGGCUGGCCUGGAGCAUUUACCCUGUCACCCGUUUCCUUGGUCUGGUCCCCACCCUCACUCUCCGCCCCAAAGCCCAUCAUGCCGGAGCCCAGCCCUGAACUCAAACCCGCCAGCCCGGGCCCGAUGCCGGGGAAUUCUCCAGCCUGUUCUCUGGGGGGCGAUCGGAAUCCACUGCCCACCACACUGCCCGGUGCCAGCUCAAACCUGGCAUUUCGUACCCUCCGCCCCAAACACCUGCAUCCCCGUUGGCCCGCGCCCCCCCAGAGCAGCACCCAGGCUCCCGCUGCCACCCCCUCGGGGGUGCCGCCGGCAGGAGAAAGGGGGAGGGGACAGACAGAGGGACGUGACACGAAUUGCGGGGACUCAGGUUUGCCAUCAUGUGGCAAGAUCAUUCUCAUGCCUUGCGGCACCGUUCUCAUGAGGGGCGCAUCCCCCCGUCUGAGGCCCGUCUCUCAUCCUGCCCCCUGGACUGUGAUCGCCAAGCGGCGCGGGGGCCUUGGCGGCUGGUGUAUGAAAAUAACAAUAAACAGGAUUUAGUUUAUUA